AUGCUUCAUUUAGCGGCUUGGAAAGGUCACAGAGAAUUAGUGCAACUCUUGAUCAGUAAAGGGGCAAAUGUCAAUGACAAAGGCAACAUGGGUCGCACACCAUUACAUGCAGCUGUUCAAUCUAACGAUGUUAGUGUAGUUGAGGAACUCAUUGAGAGUGGGGCUACAGUAGAUGUUCAUGACAAUCAACAAUUGACCCCCUUGCAUCUUGCAAUAAUUAGGGGAUAUAUUCCGAUAAUGAAAACUCUUAUUCAAGCAAAUGCAGAUACAUAUAACAUUGCAACUGAUGGAUAUAUGGGUGCUCAUCAUGCAGCAUUGGGUGGGAAAUGUGAUGUCAUCACAGUUUUGUUAGAGUCGGGGUUUGAUGUAAACUGCAAAACUAAACAAGGAAAUACAAUGCUUCAUUGUGCGGCUUUAAAAGGUCACACAGAAUUAGUGCAACUCUUGAUCAGCAAAGGGGCAAAUGUCAAUGACAAAGGCAACAUGGGUCGCACACCAUUACAUUCAGCUGUUGAAUCUAACGAUGUUAGUGUAGUUGAGGAACUCAUUGAGAGUGGGGCUACAGUAGAUGUUCAUGACAAUCAACAAUUGACCCCUUGCAUCUUGCAAUAA